CGAUGGGCCGGUUAAUGAAGGGGUGAACGGACACCUGACAAAAAGCUGUGACAUGGCCGCCAGAGUUUUGAUUGGCUCGCACCAUGAUGCUUUGCAACACCGGAGGGAUCAGCCCAAAACCAGCAUCAGCCGCAAGGCUGAGCGUUAACUUGUCACAGAUACUACCUCAUCAAAUGACUCUGUCCUGAUGCACUGAGGACUCAGCGGCUGCAGGCCACACAGCAUGGGCAACUCCUCCAGCAAGCAAGAUGAAGAAGAGGAAGGAGAGGAGGGGGGGAAGGAUGGCGAGGACGCAGAGAUUACAGCGAAGAAGAAGAAGAGGAAGGAAGAGGAGGAGGAAGUGGAGGCAGAGCUUCCAGUGGGAGUGGAGGAGAUGUUUGAGAGUGGAGAUCCCGUGCUGGACUUGAGCUAUCGUAAGUUUAAGCGCCUACCUGCACGUGUUUGUGGACUGAUGCAUCUGGAGAAGCUGUAUGCGUGCGGAAACAGUCUGCGCACUCUGCCCGAGAACAUCUCAAAGCUGAAGGGUCUGCGGAUCCUUGCCCUCGACUUUAACAAGAUGGAGGAUGUCCCUCAGGCCGUCUGCCAGCUCACUAACCUCACCCGCCUCUACUUGGGCAGCAACCGUCUCAUGAGUCUCCCGACUGAGCUGAAGAACCUGCAGAGUCUGCGCUGUCUGUGGGUGGAGAGCAACUACUUUCAGAGGUUUCCCCUGGAGCUGUACGACCUGCCCAACCUUAAGUCUCUGCAAAUAGGGGACAACCGGCUGAAGACCCUGCCACCUGACCUCUGGCGGAUGGCAGCUUUGAGGGGAUUAUGGCUGUACGGGAACCGCUUUGAUACCUUCCCCAGGGUCCUGCUGCGCAUGGAACAUUUGGAGAUACUCGAUUUGGACCGUAACAAGAUUUCAGAAUUUCCCAGCCUGAAGCGAUUAAAAGCUCUCCGCCUCUUCUCCUACGACCACAACCCCGUGGACGAACCUCCUAAAGUGGACGAUGAGGUGCUCGUGGUCGGGGAAGGUGCCGCUGAGUUCUUGGAGGCACGUGAAGCCAGGAGGGAGAGGCUACGGAAGGCCGCGGAGCUGGAGGCCGAAGAGUCGGCUCUGGCAGGAGAAGAGCCGGUGAUUCACGGCAUUCUUAAGAACAGCGGCUCAAAACAAGCAGCCAACGAAGCCGCGUUGAAUUCAGAAGGCGCGGAUGUUCAAAACGAAGGAACAAAUGGGGAAGACGGGGAGAUGUUCCCUGAGUACGACGGUGUGGAACUUGAAUACGAUGAGGAGGGGGUUGAAUAUGAGACAGAGGAGUUUAUAUGUGAGGGAGAGGGGCUCGAGUAUGAAGGAGAUCAGCUGGAGUACGACAGGGCUCAGAUGGACUAUGAGUACGAACAUGAAGAGACAAGAUGAAGGGGCGUAAAAAAGCCCCAAAUACAACCAGACUCAGACACUCUGCAGGCAGGUGGAGGUGGAUGACUCUCAAUCCACACAAAGUGAAGUCGAUUGUGGGACUCUCUUAGCUGUGCUGCUAAUUCUCAAUUUUAAUGUAAACUGUGAAAAGUAGAUUUACGACACCUUAAAAGACAGCGAGUGUGACAUCUCAAUCAACUCAAAAUAAGCACAUCAGAGCAGGACUCAGGUGGAGUGUGUUUGUG